AUGUCGUGGCUGAGCGGCAUAACGGAUAAAGCUGGGGAUUUCUUGAAUCGCCUCGACCAGUCAGCUGCAGAGGUGUUCCACAAUGAUGAUGAUGUGGAGAGCAAAUUACCCAGCCAGUUGGGGGAGGCAUUUGCCUCGUCAACCCAAUCAUCUGCGUACUCCACUCCUUCAGGACCUCAGUACCAGGCCUCCCUAACGCCGUCCUUCAGCGUUCCUACCGACCUGAAUAAGCUGAAACAAUCGCAGCUCAGCCCGUCAACGUCUGUGGUGAGCUCGCCAGUUCCUAAGGUAUCAGCCCCAGCUCAGACACCAAGUUCUUCCUUGAAGAAGAACUGUGAGGUUUUUCUUCCAAAAACCUCACAAAAUGACACAGAUGAUGCCCUGUUUGAAUUUUUGAACAGUAAAGAGACAGUCAGCAAUUCCAAAAAGAAAUCUCAGACUCCACCUCCUAGCCGCAGGAGAAAUUCUCACCAGCGAAGUGGCUCGUCUGCAUCAUCGGGUAAAGGAAGCCAGGAGAAGCCCAAGUCAGAUGUUACAGGUGGACCAAACCCACCAGAAGGCUUUGAAAAAGAGAUGACCCAGAGUGUUGUGUCACAGAUGACAGCCUCCGGUGCCUCUGCAGAUGACCUUAACCUUGACCUUGGAGAUGCAAUGUCAGAGAAUAAUGAUGGUAAUGAGGAUGGGGAGCAGUCCAAUAAGGCUGUGUCCUCUCUGGAACUGGAAAACCGCUUACUACGCAGCGAGAUAGCGUCCUUAAACGUUGAGAUGGCAGCUGUGAUAAAGAGAGCUAAAGAUUCUCAAGAUGAGGUGAACAAAUUGCGACUGAGUUUAGAUCAGUACAACAACUCAGCCUCUCGAACGGACCAGAUUAUCCGGGAGUUACAAGCCCGGGAGAAUGACCUUACCCAGGCGAUGACAGCCAAGGACUCACAGCUGGCUGUAUUAAGGGUACGUUUGGAGGAGAGUGACCAGGAAAUGAAGGUCAAGGAACACGAGAUACAGAGCCUCAAGGUGGAGAGGGAGAGAGUACUGAAGGAUCACACAGACUCCAGUGGAGUUCACAGCCAGGCUCUAGACUCUGUCCGUGCUAAACUGGUAGAAACAGAAACAGCCCUCAAGCGAGAGAAGGAAGCCUUCCAAAAGGCACAGGAAGAAGCCAACAUGAGACAGGCCAAGUUAGAAGCUGAGGUACAGAGUAUGGUGGAGAGCUUGACAGCUGCUCAGAGGAAAGGAUCAGAUGAGAGAAGUAAGUUAUCAGAGAUGAACACCCAGCUGAGGACGACCAAGGCCUCCCUGGACGCAGCCCGACAGGAACUGGCAGACUACAAGGAUAAGGCAGCCAGGAUUCUCCAGUCUAAGGAACGCCUGAUUGCCAGCCUGAGGGAGGGGUCAGGAGCCUCAGGUGAGGCAGUGGGCGUGUCCAGUCUGGAGUAUGACGCUGUCAAACAGGAGCGUGACAUGUUUAGGGAGGAGCUUCAGCAGAACAAGAUGAGUAUGGAGAAUCUGAGGAUAGAACUGCAGGACCUGGAGGCACAGCUACAGCAGGAGAGUGAUACGUACAGGGAACACCUGAGAUCUCUGGAGGAGCAGAUGAACGAGGAGAAACGGAGGAGAGAGGAUAGCGAUCAGGAGCUGCUUAAACAGAAACAGGAGCUCCAGUACUCGUCAGAAGAGCUUCAUCGUCAAAAGGUUGCCAUGGCGUCUCAGGUGGCUGACAGGGAGAAGGAAAUACAGAAACUGCGGACACAGUUGACCACCAAGAAGAUGGGCAGUACGUCUGAGAAUGAAUUAGAGGCUCGUGUGAAAACUUUGACUGAAAGUUUGAUACAGAAACAGACUAUGUUAGAGUCACUGAGCACGGAGAAAAACUCCCUGUCUCUCCAACUGGAGAGGUUAGAGCAACAGUAUCGUGAUGUACAAGCCUCUGCUGUCAGAUCCACAUCAGCUGUGGUUAAUGUACACGACGAUGAAGACGUUCGUCAGCGACUGCCAGCUUUCAUGAGGGAAGGUCCAUCUGAUACAGAGGUGACCCGCAAGAUGAAGAGAGCCGCCAAUGUCAUAGACAAGUUCAGCAUCCGUCUGGGAGUGUUUCUGAGGCGAUAUCCUAUAGCCAGGGUGUUUGUGAUCAUGUACAUGGCCUUACUUCACCUGUGGGUGAUGGUUGUACUGCUGACAUACCAGCCAGAAAUACAUGGCGGCAGUGAUAUACAGUUCCAGCCUAAGGCACCUGAGCACUGAGCUAAGGAAAACAUACCACAGUACCAGUGCAAGUGACAUCAUCUAGCAGUAGUAACAGUUAACCUUUCCAGCCUUAUCUCUGGCUUAAUCUGUGUGGGCUAGUGUUCAUUCUGGUCUUUGCAAUGAUGAUUUGUAGGUAAAUUGAUACAGUAGCACUCAAGUAUUAUGAGAGAACAAUGGCCAAUCUGGUUUGAGCCUGAGACUUCGUUGUGCAGGAAAGGGUACUGCAUUUACACAUCUUAAGACUGGACACUGAAAGGAUUU